AUGGAACGAGUAGAAAGUCAUAGUGAGCUCAUAAAUCACGAAGUCGUGGAUGAGAGCAAUGCUGGCCCUCAACCUGAAGCAGCAAGCAGCUUUUCGGUAUCCGAUGAUGAUAUUCUGCGCGCGCAAGGUCAUGAAGCAGUAUUCAAGAGAUCAUUCUCUGUCGUUGCAUCCCUCGGUUUUGCAUUCAAUAUCACGAAUGCUUGGGUAGGCGCACUAAGCAACUUCGGACAAAAUCUCAUAUAUGGAGGGUCACAAGUGGCUCUGCUUUCUGUUAUCAUUGCUUGCUUUGUGCAGUGGAUCAUAACCCUCGGACUCUCUGAACUGGCUUCGGCAUUUCCCUCAUCUGGAGGCCAGUACCACUUUGUCUACAUUAUCGCCCCCCAGAAGCACAAGAGAUUUGCUGCCUUCAUGACAGGUUGGAUGUCUAUACUCGGAUGGUGGAUGGUGACAUGUUCUGGCUUGUCUCUUGUGGCCAAAGCAGCCCUGGGGCUUGGUCAAUUUCUAUAUCCGGAUUUCGAGAUUAAACAAUGGCAUGAAUACUGCGUGUAUCUUGCUUCUAUCAUUGUAACAAUGACACCCCUUCUCUUAUGUCCCAAAAAGAUACCACUCAUUACAUCAUGGUCUUUAUAUCUCGCCUUGUCUGGAUUCGCCAUUUGGUUUAUAACCACUCUCGCCAUGAGCCAACAGACAAAUACUAGGUCACCUAUAGUUAGGUCCGGUCAAGGCACAAGUGGGUGGAACAAUGGCACUGCCUGGCUUCUCGGAAUCAUCAAUUCAAUGUAUUGCUUCGGUGCCAGUGACGGAGCAAUCCAUAUCGCCGAAGAAAUGCGAUCACCAGGUCGUCGACUCCCACAAAUCAUGAACAUGACAAUGGCCAUUGGCCUUUGCACAGCAGUACCACUAUUAGCAGUCCUGAUAGUUGCCAUGGAGGACAUGGACCGAGUAAUGAAUUUCGGAAUGCCUGCUGUGGAACUAUUAUACGAGGCAACAGGAUCAACACGGGUGACUGUCGCACUGAGCGUACUCCUGACAAUCAUAUAUAUAGCAUGCCUUCCUCCACAGUGGGUCAGCUGUGGGCGUCUUGCAUGGGCCUUCGCAAGAGAUCGAGGUACUCCAUUCCCCGAUUUCUUCGACAAGAUAGACAAGCAGCUCCAAUUCCCGCUUCGCACGACUAUAGCCUCGAUGGUUUUUGCUGCUAUCUACGGUGUCAUAUAUCUUGCCAGCACUACGGCUUUCAACUCUAUCAUUACCUCGGCCGUUACGCUAUUGAAUUUGAGUUACGCAAUUCCUCAGGCCAUCCUCGCUACGCGAGGUCGUAAGCAGUGUCUGCCAAAGCGGCCACUGGAUCUUGGUCGAUGGGGCUAUAUCUGUAAUAUUUUUGCUCCGCUGUGGAUUAUAGUCGUGGGUGUUAUGGUAUGUUUCCCACCUACUCUUCCAGUCACUCUUGGCUCGAUGAACUACAGUGGACCCGUUUUGGUAGGACUGUUUCUUAUCAUUCUUGUUUUCUGGAUUUUGAUAGGUGAUGAGUUCAAAGGUCCUAAUAUUGACUGGGAGAUGUUGAAACUCAAGAAUGAGGCUUUAAGCGACGCUUCGACAGGUAUUGUUGAGCCGAACAUCAACCGAACAACCUCGCUAGAUUUUUUUGUCAAGGCUUAG